AUGGACGGGAUUCGUCCACACUUCACCGUGAGGACGUCCCUCGGCUUUCUGCUUCUGAUUCUGCUUCAAGCGUCCACUGAGGCCCAGUCCUCAUGUUCUGCUCCUACUGAUGUGUAUUUGCAAGAAAAUGACACUACCAUAGUGGGUCAAGCUGUGGUGAAUAUCACAGUCAGCUCAGGGGUGACGCUCUCGAUCCAUCCUGAAAGCCUCGACUACCCGUUUAAGCUCGAUGGAAACAGCCUGAUACUUAAAAGCGUGUUGGACUAUGAGACUGAAAAAAAAUAUGUAGUGAAGAUCAUCUGUACUGGACCCACAGGCACCGAGGCGGACAUUUCCAUUUUUGUAUUUGUGAAUCCUGUGAAUGAUAACCCCCCAGUCUUUGGUCAGACCUCCUACAGCGCCGCUGUCGAUGAGAUGACUCCUGUAGACACACCUGUGGGCCUCUUCCCUGCAACAGAUCCAGACGGGCCGCAGCUCUUCUACACACUGACGCCUGAAUCUAGCGGCUUUAAACUGGCGUCGCAGACCAAACCGGAGAUCCUUGUUGCGAAGCUGCUGGAAUAUGACAAAGUCAGAAAUGUCGAGCUGAUAUUAAAAGUUCAGGACACACAGUUGGGAACAGACGCUAGCGGGCCUUCGUUCACCGCCACAGCCACCAUCAUGGUCACCAUCAAUGACGUGGACAACCGAGCGCCGUUGUUCCAGCCCUGUACCCUGUAUGAGGCUGGGGAGGAUUCGAUCUGCCUGAACUCCGCCUACACCGGCACAGUCACAUUAAACGAGCGAGAGACCGGAGUGUUGCAGCUGGAACCAGGACCGCUUUACGCCGUCGACGGAGACUCUGGGAUAAACGAUGAGAUAACGUACUCGUUCCUGAGCGGAAACGGCGGUCUGUUUGAGAUCGAUCCCGACACAGGGAACAUCACCAUGGUGAAGCCGGCCGACACGCUGGACACCAUCACUCUGAUCGUGCUGGCUGCUCAGAAGAUGAACCGGUAUCAGUUUACCACCACCACCGUCACAAUCACUGUCCAGGCGAAGAGUCUCCAACCUCCACAGUUUCAAAGGCCUCGUUACGAAGGCGUCGUCACCGGAGUGGGCAACAUGAUGAUGGACAAGAACAACAGAGAUCAGCCACUCAGGAUCCUGGCCACUGAUGGGGACUACGCUGCCCCUGAGGUCAAACAGGGCGUAAAUCCCCACAUCACGUACUCCAUUACAGGGAGCAGUGAAUUUGUCAUCAUGGACGGCUUUUUGUUCAUGACUAAGGAUCUCCCACAAAGCACGUUAUCUCUGCAAGUGUUGGCAACAGACAACUCGAAUGGUGAAACGGCUACCGCUGAUCUCUUGGUGGAGGUGCCAUCAGGGUUCACCACCACCACUGUGGGCACUACAAACAGGAUGUCCAUGACGACCGUGGGGGAUUCCACCAUCUACAGCAAGACCACGAAAGACCCCAUGCCACCUGUCUCAGCUACCACCGCCCCCAUCCCUAUUAUACCCACUACUACGCCUACUGGAGGCAGUGGUUCACCACCAAAACCCAGUCUGACCACUGGAGGAGGCGUCUCCUCUACAAGCACAGCUCAGCCUUACACAGGUCUCCCCACCAUGGCACCCAUAGGCAAUCCCACCUCCACCAGCAAGACCACUACACCUACUGGAGGCAGUGGUUCACCACCAAAACCCAGUCUGACCACUGGAGGAGGCGUCUCCUCUACAAGCACAGCUCAGCCUUACACAGGUCUCCCCACCAUGACGCCCAUAGGCAAUCCCACCACCAUCAGCAAGACCACUACACUUACUGGAGGCAGUGGUUCACCACCAAAGCCCAGUCUGACCACUGGAGGAGGCAUCUCCUCUACAAGCACAGCUCAGCCUAACACAGGUCUCCCCACCAUGGCACCCAUAGGCAAUCCCACCACCACCAGCAAGACCACUACGCCUACAGGCAAUCCCAGCAAGACCACAAAAGACAUCAUGUCCCCUGUCUCAACUACCAAACCCAGCGUGACCAGUGAAGGAUGCGUCUGCACAGCCAACACCGCUCAGCCUCACACAGUGCAACCGCCAGGUGGCUACGGGCCGGAGGACAUGGUGGCGCUCGGUGUAACCCUGGGCAUCCUGCUGCUCAUCUGUCUGGUCGUCAUCGGGCUGCUCAUCUGUCACAUUCACAGGGGAAAAGCAGACUGGAGGAAAAUCUACGAAACCAGCAUUUUCCGAAGCUCCCUGGGUCAAGGUUCAGAUGCUCAGAAGGGAGGCAUCCAGUACACCAAUGAUGCCUUCCAGAAAGAUGAAGAUGGAAAGAGCACUGACUCCAACCGUCCAGAGCUAAGCAUAGAGGCUGGAAAGCCACAGAAAUCAGAGAGGGACUUUCCAGCGAGGGAUGAGGCGAUCGAGAAGUCUUUGGUGCCGCUGCACGCCCUCCUGAGCGACGACGCCAGCCUGUCGGGUUCGGACAAGUCCGACGGUGAGAAAGAGGUGAAACCCAUCCUGACCAAGGAGAGACGCAUGGAUGACGGAUACAAGUCAGUCUGGUUUAAGGAGGACAUCGACCCAGAUGCCAAGGAGGAGGUGGUCAUCAUCCCAGGCAGCCAAGAGAACGACAGCGAAGACGAAGAAGAAGAAGAAGAAGAAGACGAGGAACGGAUAAAAAGAGUCGUCUUUAAUGAGGCAGAUCUGGACAGUGGACUCGCACUGACGAUCAGUGAUCCAGAAGAGUACUCAAAGUGUUGA